AUGAGGUUACUAGAAGCGCAAAUCCCGAAUAAAUCACUUGUAGUAAAUAACUCCUUUGUACGACCUCUGUUUGUGGAAAUCUUGGCCCGGGAACAGCCGUUAUCCGUGGGCCAAGCAGCAGAGCUGGCUUGCAAGGCCGUUGGAGCUCGACCACCAGCUAUCAUCACCUGGUGGAUGGAUGACCGGCAGAUGUCUGUAGCGGCAAUACAGAAGAAUUCUGACGACAAAAACGAGACGAUAUCGUUUCUCCGGUGGACGCCUCGCAUGGAUCAAGAUGGUCGAACGCUGACGUGCCGAGCGGCACAUGUCAAGUUAGAACAUACAACUAUAGAGACCAGUAUUACACUCAAUUUACAUUACGUCCCAAUAGUUACAUUGGAGCUUGGUUCUAAAAUGAACCCUAACGACAUUGAGGAAGGCGAUGACGUGUACUUCGAGUGCAUAGUGCGGUCAAACCCACCGGCUUAUAAAGUCGUUUGGGAACAUAAUGGUCAAAUAAUGACGCAUAAUCAAAGAGCUGGGGUGAUUGCUGGCUCAGCAAACUUAGCACUGCAAGGAGUAAACAGAAGUCAAGCAGGAAACUACGCCUGCACAGCAUCAAAUGUAGAAGGAGAUGGAAAAUCCCAACCUGUAAAACUUCAAGUAAUUUAUAAGCCGGUGUGUCUAGCAACGUCGAUAGCAAUAGUGGGCGCCGCGAUCAAUGAACCGACCAAAGUAACGUGCGAAGUGGACGCCUUCCCUCCUCCCAAGAACUUCCAGUGGACCCUCAAUAAUUCCAUGGGAACUUCUGAAAUUGAACCGGAGAAAUACAUCCUAAAUGGAGUUGGGAGAUCAGUUCUCUUCUACACUCCAUCUUCGGAGAAAGACUAUGGUUCUUUGGCGUGCAGGGCUACCAACCUUGCUGGUCAACAGGUGGAACCAUGUCGAUACUCCUUGCUGCCAGCAGUCAGACCAGAUCCACUAGCCAACUGUUCUGCUGUCAAUCUUACUGAUGAUUCAGCAGAAAUUAGAUGUAUCGCUGGUUAUGACGGGGGUCUUCAGACGUCAUACUUCGUGGAAGUGUGGGAGUCAAAGAAUUUAGUAGCAAAUGUCUCGACCGCGCAACCAGCGUGGAUACUCCGUGGCCUUGGAUCAGGGAAGAGUUUACGACUGGUAUUCUUCGCUGCGAACGCUAGAGGAAGAUCGGAGACUGUGGUGAUGAGGAUCAACACCCUGGCGAGACUUGCUUUACAUACAGAAGCAAAAUCUGGCAAAGCUGUUGGUGUUGACGCUAGUUGGGCUCUCGGAGUAAUCGCCGGUAUUGCUGGGACUCUUGUGGUGAUUGUGGUGAUUGCUCUUCUGGCUAGGAGAAGACAGCACCAACCCAUGCAGUAUGAAGCUCCUAUGCAGACGGUGAAGGCGUACAAAGGCGCGAUACAAAGCACAAACCAUUCUCCGGUUCAGCCUGACGAUAAAAAUCCUGAUGUGGUGCCUCUGGGUAAAGAUUUCAACAGUGCGCGAGACUUAGAGCGGCCCCCAGAGCCUCCGCCUUAUGGGACAGUGAUGUCUCCUCCUGUGGGAUCUUCACGUAGUUCGAACAGCCUGCAUCAUCAUGACGUGCGGCCUGUCACGCCACACACACCGAUCACACCUGCGUCUGAUGCUCAUAGCAUCGGAACCUUGGCAGAAGAUCGUCGAAGUGUGACAAGCGGGACGUUCUCUAGGCGGAGAGAAGUCGUCACAACUAGAACGCCGUUGCUAGCAAAUGCUAGGGAAAGUUGUGUUUAGGCUGAAUUAUAUAGAAUAAGGGCAUUGAGUCAAAGGGAUCAUGUUGCACGUUUAUUUUCUAGAAUAUUUUUUACUAUUUAGAUAUAGGUCUGUGAUACGUCUUAAUGUUUAUUUAAAACGUUACAACAUUAGUUUUUGUAAGUACCUGGUUUUCGCCAGGACAAUUUUUUCCAGGUAUUUUUUUGUAUCUUUCUGUUUUUUUCUUACACAAGACGAUACUAUAAUAUACUUUAUAAAAUAAGUUUUGUAUGUAUGUUUUUGUAUUACAUUUUGUUUUUAUACUGUUUUAGUAGCAGAAUGUUUUCUUGUUUCGAUAUCCUAAUAUAUUUGUCGAAUAUUAACGAUUGAUAUUUUUGUACAUACAUCGAAGGAAAUUGUGAAAGACUGUUUAAACUUGUUCCCUUUGACACAAAAAUAAAUGUAAAUUAAACAAAAUGUUCGUUUUAUAGUCAAUAUUCACUUUCAAAAAGAGAUAUAUCUAUCUAAAAAUAUCUAUAUGUAAGUAUAAUUAAAUGUUCUGAAAACUGCAAUUAUUCUGUAAUAGGUUAUACAUAAUAUGUAUUACUACUGACAGUAUACAAAUAGUGUAUAUAAGUACAUAACUC